GUAUUCAAUUUUCAUAGAUUAUUUACACGUAGAUUAUUUUUCUAAAACUGUCCUCAUCUCUCUGUUCUGUUUUGUAUGUAAUCUCGUUUAAUUGAUAAAAAUCAAAUUGAAAAUGACAAAAUGAACUCUAGACAAUUUCAGCGCUAUAAAUAGUAUACAAACUAAAGCUGGGAUUAACCUUUUCUUUUCAUAAUUACGCGAUAUAUUAAAAUAAUAUAUCACUAAAAAUGUGCGAAACAAAUUUUUUUCUGUCGGAUGAUGAGUCGAUUGAGAAGCAUGAAAUAAAUAUAAAAGUUUUCGUACGAAUUCUACCGCUUGAGAGACCAUGCGAUUCUUGCGCAAAGAUUAGUGCGGAUAAUAAGACAAUAUACGUAAGAUGUUUACAAGAUAUACGACGAAAGCGACUAUCAACGAUUCCAUAUCCCGUUUAUUGGGCCUUUCGGACUGAUGGAAUAUUUCAUGAAACGUCUCAAGAUAAAGUGUAUCGCGCUACCACAAAAGAUCUCGUAGAAAAGUAUCAAUUGAUAUUUGAAGUCAAUUAUAGCGAUAUUCCGUAUUAUGUUGAUGAUAUAAUUAAUAUUGUUCAAUAUAUUAAAUUAGUGUGA